CGCAGGCGAUGGCGGCGAGCGCAGACAUGCGCGCGGACACGGGCUGAUCCCCAGGCUCCAAGCGUAUUCCUGCUGUCCCAGCUUAAAUCGGUUUACGUCGCCACAUAAAAAAUGAAGCACCUCGCCGCUUACCUCCUCCUCCAGCAGGGUGGCAACGCCUCGCCCAAGGCCAAGGACGUCAAGGCCGUCCUCGCCUCCGUCGGCAUCGAGGCUGACGACGCCAAGCUCGAGAAGGUCAUCGCUGAGCUCGAGGGCAAGGACGUCAACGAGCUCAUCGCUGAGGGCUCCGCCAAGCUCUCGUCGGUCCCCGCCGGCGGUGCCGCCCCCGCCGCUGGUGGCGCUUCGGCCGCCGCUGCUGGUGGCGACGCCCCCGCCGCCGAGGAGAAGAAGGAGGAGGAGAAGGAGGAGUCCGACGACGACAUGGGCUUCGGUCUCUUCGACUAAGCGUCGCGUCCCCGCAUUCCGCUUUUCCUAUCCCCUCCCCGACUCGAUACGACUUAUGCGCGCCCCGACUGGUCGCGUGUGUAUUGGAUGUAUUGGUUGAGCUAGCA